ACCUCCUUGUGGUGGCGCUGUCGGACUGACCUACUGGCGGUUUCUCAGCCAGAUACUGUUGGCCGAGUGUGGCUCUUCAUUGUUCCAGCUGAAAGCUCCGGGCUCGUUUUUCCACAUUUGUCUUAAUGGCUCCCAGGCGGAGACCACGUCCCACCUGAGAGGGAGCGGUUUAUGUGCGAAGAGAGGACGAGCAAACCAAAAGUUAGCCCCAGCACAGCACAGUGUGGGAUAUAGCGUCUGCGCUGUGGAUCCAGAAGAAAGAGAGAGUGAAGAGAGGUCCUUGCAGCUCAAGCGCCCCGUACUGUAGCCAUGGUCGAACCAGCUGACGGGCCAUCCACAGCCGGGCAGAGGCUAGGUGCCCCUGAAAGUUUUGGGGUGUCCUCCCUGGAGCCAGGUCUGCGCCCUCCAGCCCAGCCUCCAGGGAGACAGGUCUCCAUAAGGGUACAGAUGCUCGAUGACACACAGGAAGUCUUCCAGAUAUCACAACGUUCCCCUGGCAAAGUGCUUUUUGACCUGGUGUGUGCCCAUCUCAACCUGACAGAGGGGGACUAUUUUGGACUGGAGUACCAGGACCAGAGGAAGAUGACGGUGUGGCUGGAUCUGCUGAAGCCGACACUGAAACAGAUCAGACGGCCUAAAAACACCAUCCUUCGUUUUGUGGUGAAGUUCUUCCCUCCUGACCACACACAGCUCAUGGAGGAGCUGACUCGGUAUUUGUUUGCCCUGCAGAUAAAACGCGACCUGGCCUGUGGUCAUCUCAUCUGUAACGACACCAGUGCUGCUCUCAUGAUCUCACACAUCGUUCAGUCUGAGAUCGGAGACUUCGAUGAGACCCAGAGCUGGCAGCAUCUCCUCCACAAUAAGUACCUGCCCGACCAGGACGCCAUCAGGGACAAGAUCAUUGACUGCCACCGCAAGCACGUUGGGCAGACUCCAGCAGAGUCAGACUUCCAGCUGCUGGAAAUAGUUCGGCGGCUGGAGAUGUAUGGCGUUCGCCUUCACCCAGCUAAGGACCGAGAGGGAAUUAAACUCAGUCUGGCCGUAGCACACACCGGGGUUCUGGUUUUCCAGGGGUACACAAAAAUUAACACCUUCAACUGGUCCAAAAUUCGUAAACUCAGCUUCAAACGAAAAAGGUUCCUAAUCAAGCUGAGAGCAGACCCUACUCAGAAUACCCACCAUGACACGCUGGAGUUUGCCAUGGCCAGCAGGGAUUGCUGUAAGGUCUUCUGGAAGAUUUGCGUAGAGUAUCAUGCCUUCUUCAGGCUCUUUGAGGAGCCCAAACCCAAACCCAAGCCCAUCCUCUUCACCAGAGGAUCAUCAUUCCGGUUCAGUGGUCGAACCCAGAAGCAAAUCAUCGAUUAUGUGAAGGACUCAGAGCUGAAAAAAGUUCCAUUUGAAAGGAAACACAGUAAGAUUCUGUCCAACAGCAGCAUGUCCCCUCAGUCUUCUUCCUUCAGAUCACAAGUGCCAAAAGAGAGUGCCAUGUCUGUCCCUUUAGCAGACCAGCCUGACUCAGCCAGACUGGGCCAUCAAGCUGCAUCUUACAGUUCAGAUGAGCCAACUGCGGCCACAGCCUCCAGCAAUGGUUUCCACGAUAUACUGACAGCACCCUGCUCAGACCCGAUUCAGUCCAGACAGAACCACUGUGAUGCUGGAUUAGCACCGGACCAGCAGCUCCUCAACCCAGGUCCAUCCUGCAGGGCAAACAAAGAAAGUCCUGAUUCAGGUGACUCUCCACCCAGAAGUCCCCAUAUGGUAGUUAAUGGCAAUGGUUUGGUAAACGAGCAGGUGAAAUGCAGCACCGGUGUCCUGGGUCAGAGUCCUGAGAGACAGCAGCUAUCACCACUCACCAGCCCGCUGCUCACUGAAGCUGGCUACAUCCGCAAUGAUGAUGAAGAGGAGGCCAGGAGGAAGAAGUUCCCCACAGACAAGGCCUACUUCAUAGCCAAGGAGCUGUUGACCACAGAGCGGACCUACCUCAAAGACCUGCAGGUCAUCACAGAGUCCUUCCAGGGUGUUGUGGGGAAAGAUGAGGUCUUCCCAGACCCUGUGAGGAACAUGAUCUCUGCCAACUAUGACCCAGUCUACAAGUUUCACCAGGGAUUCCUCAAAGACGUGGAGCAGCGGCUGGCGCAGUGGGAGGGUCGAUCCAAUGCUCACAUAAAAGGAGACUACCAACGAAUUGGUGAUGUUUUACUGAAGAACACUCAGGGUUUGAGGCUGUUGACGAUUCAUCUCCAGAAACAUUCAGAGUGCCUGGUGGAACUGGAACGGGCCUGUAGGUCCAGUCGGAAGGUGGAGACUCUGUGUAGGGAGUUUGAGCAGCAGAGGGUGUGCUACCUGCCCUUCAACAUCUUCCUCCUGCGACCUCUCCACCGCCUGCUGCACUACAAACUCAUCCUGGAGAGGUUCUGUAAGCACUACCCGCCCACCCACGACGACUUCAGGGACUGUAGAGCGGCCCUGGCAGACAUCUCAGAGAUGGUGCUGCAGCUUCAAGGUGUCAUGAUGAAGAUGGAGAACUUCCAGAAGCUUCUAGAGCUGAAGAAAGAUCUAACCGGCAUCGACAGCCUCACCAUGCCUGGGAGGGAGUUUAUUAGGCUCGGUUGCCUCAGUAAACUCUCAGGGAAGGGUCUUCAGCAGAGAAUGUUCUUCCUGUUCAGUGAUUCCUUGGUGUACACCAGUCGAGGGAUGACCCCGUCCAACCAGUUCAGAGUUCAUGGCCAGCUGCCUCUCUAUGGCAUGACGAUCAGAGAAAGUGAGGAGGAGUGGGGAGUCCCUCAUUCAUUCACCUUGUUCGGGCAGCGCCAGUCUGUGGUGGUGGCAGCCAGCUGUGCAUCAGAGAUGGAGCGGUGGGUGGAGGACAUCAGAAUGGCGAUAGACCUGGCAGAACAGAGCAGCAGCCCGACCGCUGACCUGCUCCCCAGCAGCCUCUCUGACAGCAAGCUGUUGGAGGACGGUGGAGCUGAGCAGGAGUCAGAGGAGGAGCUCUGCGGUUCACGAUCAUCUCUGGAGCGACAGGGUCACCGUGGUAACACCAUCAUGCACGUCUGCUGGCAUCGCAACACCAGCGUGUCCAUGGUGGACUUCAGCAUUGCUGUUGAGAACCAGUUGUCAGGUAACCUGCUGAGGAAGUUUAAGAACAGUAACGGCUGGCAGAAGCUCUGGGUGGUCUUCACCAACUUCAGCCUCUUCUUCUAUAAGUCGCAUCAGGACGACUGCCCUCUGGCCAGCCUUCCUCUGCUGGGCUACUCUGUCACCGUCCCAUCUGAGUCAGAAAACAUCCACAAAGAUUACGUCUUCAAACUCCACUUUAAAUCCCAUGUCUACUACUUCAGAUCAGAGAGCGAGUACACGUUUGAAAGGUGGAUGGAGGUAAUCCGCAGUGCCACCUGCUCCGCCAGCCACUCCCUGCCAAGCACCAGGAAAGACCUUUACUGAUGAAUCCGACACUUACUCGGGGGGACCUGAACUUCAGACUACACAAACGAUUUGUGUAGCAGGUCUAUUCAUGUUGCACUCAGCAGGUGCUCAUAGACGCUAAUUAUUACCUCUGAACAGUCGAGUCACCCACUUCACCUUUUGUAUCAUUACACCGUCUCUGCACCACUGAUGUCUGAUUAGAGGCUGUGCUGCCACUCGUCCACCAUGUGUUUCAUGUCACUUGGUUUUCUUUGCCAAACUGGCAGAAUUCAGUCUUGCUGAUUUUUAGUUUUAUGUCUGUGCAACUGAUCAUUGUUCACACACACAUA